GCGAUGCCUACUUCCAUUUGGACCUCCGCCUUCCUCCUCUCUUCGCAUCACCAACAAGAAGGCUAACACACACCAACCGAAGAACAAGGAGUAGGAGGGGAAGGAAAAAAAAGGAAUUUUGGUUGCGCAGAGUGUGUAGUAGAUAGAAUAGUGCUUUGAUCUCUCCUUGUUCGAGGUCGGUGCGCGAGGCAAUAAUGGUGGCCGUGGAGGCUGCGGCGGCGGCGGCGGCGGCGGUGGAGGGCCCGAUCCGGGCCGAGGCCAAGGUGGCGGUGGCGCCGGCGCCGGAGGGGGAGGCUAAGGUGGAGGUGGAGGGCGAUGCCCCUGCGGCGGGGGAGGCCGAGGAGGAGGAGGAGAGGGAGUACAAGAGCGACAUGAGGAAGCUGGAGGAGCUCAUGUCCAAGCUCAACCCCUGCGCGGAGGAGUUCGUGCCGUCGUCGCGCCGCGUCCCGGCGCCGGCACCGAAGCCGGUGGGGGUGCUCUCCGCCGACGCGCCGGUGUUCGUCUCCGCCGCCGAGUACUACGGCGCUGCCGGCGGCGGGAGCAGGGACUCCAGCAGCGACGGAUCCAGUAACGGCAGCGGCAACCCUCUGAAUCGCCGGAGGAGGAAUAGCUUCAACCAAGGGAGGCGGAGGUUGGGGGGCCGACCCCGACGGGCUGAUAGGGAGGAUAGUGUGCGGCGAACCGUCUAUGUCUCUGACAUUGAUCAGCAUGUGACUGAGCAGAAGCUUGCUGAAGUGUUUUCUAACUGUGGGCAAGUGGUAGAUUGCCGUAUCUGUGGUGACCCUCAUUCUGUCCUGCGUUUUGCGUUCAUCGAGUUUGCUGAUGAUGCUGGUGCAAGAGCCGCACUAACACUUGGGGGAACCAUGCUGGGUUAUUAUCCUGUUAGAGUUUUACCUUCUAAAACAGCGAUUCUACCUGUGAACCCUAAGUUUCUUCCUCGAACUGAAGAUGAGAAAGAAAUGGUCUCAAGGACUGUAUAUUGUACUAACAUAGAUAAGAAGGUUACUGAGGAGGAUGUAAAGGUUUUCUUUCAGGGUACAUGUGGGAAGGUUUCUCGGCUGAGGCUCCUUGGUGAUUAUGUACACUCCACAUGCAUUGCUUUUGUUGAGUUUGCUCAGGCAGAAAGUGCAAUUAUGGCCCUGAACUUCAGUGGUAUGGUCCUUGGCUCCCUUCCUAUUAGGGUGAGCCCUUCCAAGACACCAGUCCGUCCGCGGUCUCCUCGCGUGAUGUCCAACUGAGCCCAUGUCCCGCUCCAAGCCGCCGUCACCCUUGAGGCUGCCACCAGUGGCAGAUCAUCCCCAGGCUGAGCUUCCUCUAGUCGUGAUCGUGCUAGAGCCGUCGCAUUGCGAAUCAGUAACCGUGGCGCUGUCCUAGUACCUAGUCAUCAUAGGAAAGUCAACUUGCUGCUAAUGUUCUUCUCUCGGAGGCCCAUGCAUCUCUUGUUGUUGGAGGCACCAUUUGCGUUUGUUUUGCUCGCUGUCAUGUUAAUUAUGGAUGAAUUCUUAUAUAACAGCCUUUUCAGGCACAAGAAGAAUAAUGUCUAGCAUCUUCUCAA